GGCAAUGCUGAGCACGCUUGUUUCUUUGCGCAUCCCGGAGCAACGCCAUGGAAGGUUGCAGGGCAACCGCCAAAACCGCCAGGCAUGGGAAGCAGAGGCUCAUUGCAUCGCAGGAGGAGAAGCAUGCUGUUGAUCUUGGCUGCGGCUUUCGCAGGCGGCAGUCUCUUCGUGUCGUCUCCAGAGUCAUUGUUUCCAUCUCCCAGGCUGCGUGAAGGUCGCGCAAAAGGUUUGCCCCUACGGGCAGUGCCAACUGAAGAAGAGCGCCGUCAAGCACGAGAAAUGUUGCGAGAUACCCCAGUGGGCCAGAUGGGCGCAGACUUGGGCGAAGAUGGCGCCGGCUCGCUAUAUACGGCUGUGGGCGGCAUUUUCCUGGUUAUGGUGCUGCUGACCAUUGUAGUGCUGUCCACUGGCGAAAACUGAGGCUGGAGCCAUUCUCCAAUCCCCAAUGUGCUGCUCAAGGGCCUGUAAGCAGCGGUUACUUGAUUUACCUGCUGGUAUGCGGCAUCACGUGGCUUGCUGCCAUGAGUCCGCGCAGUCAGAUUAGAUGAUGGGAUAAGAUGCGUGAUGUCUGACCUUCGGAGAAAA